CCCCCUCGGUACCUCCCCUCUGAUCUCCUGCCAAAAAAACGACACACACAAGAAAGGUGCUCAGUUUGCGAAGUCCCCCGUUUAAAAAAAAAAAACGGAUUUAAAUUCAAUUUAAUUUAUUUCUCUCUCUUAAUAAGCUCCAGACCUCCUCUCCUCCGCGAUGUGGUGCGGUCGCGUGGCUCUGCGUCGUCUCCAGCGGAUCGCCGUUGCUCCGUUAAACUCGUUAAGUAUUACCGGGGGUUUACCGGGCGCCGUGCAGAGAGAGAUGUCGUCCUUACCGCGGGUCUACAUCACGCGCCAGAUCCCUCCGGAAGGGCUGAAGAUUCUCAGCGAGUCAGGACAAGUGCAGUUUGAUCUGUGGGACUCAGAUGACGUCCCCGUGCCCCGGAAGGAGUUGCUCCAGAAGGUCAAAGGUGUCGAUGCGCUGGUCUGCGUGCUCACGGAGAAGAUCGACGCCGAGCUAUUGGACGCCGCAGGUCCUAACCUCAGGGUCCUGAGCACCAUGUCGGUGGGUUUUGACCACCUCUCCCUGGAGGAACUAAAGAAAAGGGGUAUCCGUGUGGGCUACACUCCAGAUGUGUUAACAGAUUCUGUAGCUGAACUGACUGUCGCUCUACUGCUGACCACGUCCAGGAGACUGAUAGAGGCUACACAUGAAGCCAAGACUGGUGGCUGGGGAACAUGGAGGACUCUGUGGCUGUGUGGAUAUGAGCUGGCUAACAGCACCGUGGGAAUACUGGGACUGGGCCGGAUCGGAGUGGCUAUCGCUGAGCGUCUGAAGCCGUUCAAGGUUAAGAAAUUUAUCUACACAGACGUGGCUCCCCGACCAGAGCUGGCCAGUUUGAUCAACGCAGAAUAUGUCUCUAUGGAUGAGUUGGCCAGCCAGUCUGACUUCCUGACAGUGUGUUGUGCUCUGACACCAGAGACUAAAGACAUCUGUAACAAGGACCUGUUCUCCAAAAUGAAGAAUACCUCCAUCUUCAUCAACACCAGCAGAGGAGGGGUGGUACACCAGGAGGAUCUGUAUGAAGCCCUGUCCAGUGGUCAGAUAGCUGGAGCCGGACUCGACGUGACCGUCCCUGAACCGCUGCCCAUCAGCCACCCACUCUUCACCCUGAACAACUGUGUGAUCCUCCCCCACAUUGCCAGUGCGUCCUACUCCACGCGUAAUGCCAUGUCUGCCCUGGCAGCCAAUAACCUGCUACUGGGUCUGAAGGGACAGCCAAUGAUCAAAGAGCUCAAGCUGUAGCUGCCAAUCACCUGCUUUCCAAAAAACACCAGAGAAGAACCAAUCACCUGCUUUCGGAAACACCAGAGAAGAACCAAUCACCUGCUUUCAGAAACACCAGAGAAGAACCAAUCACCUGCUUUCAGAAACACCAGAGAAGAACCAAUCACCUGCUUUCAGAAACACCAGAGAAGAACCAAUCACCUGCUUUCAGAAACACCAGAGAAGAACCAAUCACCUGCUUUCAGAACACCAGAGAAGAACCAAUCACCUGCUUUCAGAACACCAGAGAAGAACCAAUCACCUGCUUUCAGAAACACCAGAGAAGAACCAAUCACCUGCUUUCAGAACACCAGAGAAGAACCAAUCACCUGCUUUCAGAAACACCAGAGAAGAACCAAUCACCUGCUUUCAGAACACCAGAGAAGAACCAAUCACCUGCUUUCAGAACACCAGAGAGGAACCAAUCACCUGCUUUCAGAACACCAGAGAAGAACCAAUCACCUGCUUUCAGAAACACCAGAGAAGAACCAAUCACCUGCUUUCAGAACACCAGAGAGGAACCAAUCACCUGCUUUCGGAAACACCAGAGAAGAACCAAUCACCUGCUUUCAGAAACACCAGAGAAGAACCAAUCACCUGCUUUCAGAAACACCAGAGAAGAACCAAUCACCUGCUUCCGGAACACCAGAGAAGAACCAAUCACCUGCUUCCGGAACACCAGAGAAGAACCAAUCACCUGCUUUCAGAAACACCAGAGAAGAACCAAUCACCUGCUUCCGGAACACCAGAGAAGAACCAAUCACCUGCUUCCGGAACACCAGAGAAGAACCAAUCACCAGCUUCCGGAACACCAGAGAAGAACCAAUGAUUGAAGAGUUUUUUCCCCAGAACUGUAAAUGAUAUAGUUGACUCUGAUCAUGAGAUUAGUAGAUUAUAGAGAAUAGAGAUCUGUUGUCAUCGACCAGCAACACUUUAACUCAACAUGGUACAAAACUGUAGCACUCAGCACGUCCUCAUCUGAGAUGUUCUUAGGAUUUUCUUUCAUAAUAAUAAUAAUAAUAAUAAUAAUAAUGAUGAUGAUGAUGACGAAGGACAACAAUAAAACAUGGAACUUU